AUGUCCCUGCACGCACGGACAGCCCUUACACGAGCAAGGCGACCUUCGCCAAUCCAGGUAAGGACGCUCUGGUGGUGGAGCCGUCACUCUAGUGAACCUCAGUUGCCCUUUGAUGAGAACUUCGAAGAGCGUAUGGCAAGACAUCACAAGAUGUUAAGGUCUAGAUACUCAAGAGCUUUUGCACGAAGAGCCUUGCGAGACAAAAAGGUCAUCGCUCACUGGUUUCAACAUGGUAACGAUCGACUUUCGGAUAGCAGCUAUUGUACUUACCAACCCCGAACCUCGGAUUCUGCUCCGUCUAACAAAAGCGACAAGCAAUCUCAUAAUGUGGGAAAGGGCAAAUCUGAUAUCCCAGAGGACCUCAGCUUCGAGUCUUUUCGAGCUAGGAUAGACCGCGCCAUAGCAGAGGACCCUCACGGAUGUCUCUUCGGGAGACCAUCUAAUGCUCGCCAAUCUCCCAGAUACUCGUCCUUUGAUCCGUUCUCCUGGAAUCCUAGAAAUGAUUCCGACAAAAUGGGCAUGGACACUCCACCCGAAUUCACAAGAACACGGAUGGCGAAGGGCAAGUCUGCCCUCGAUUCAGCAUCAUGUCCACCUACUGUAGAAGCAGCCACGGCUUUUCCGGCCAGAAAGGACGAUUCCCAUUCUCCGUCACAAACGGAUGCCACAGCCGCGGAAACUGAAAAAGAAAUGAGUUAUGUUUACGAUCCCAUAUCAAUGAGGAAGGUCCUCAGCAGAACAAACUCCUUGGAUCGUGUCAAGAAGUCCUCAGAGGACAAGUUAUCUUCGGACCACGGAGUCGAGAUCCCCGUCAAGACAUACCAGUCGCACAAGGUCUAUGGAUAUGAUCCAUCGGAUCCAGCAUUAGACGGCGUAAAGUCUGUUGAGACUACGGUUUCUAGGGCAGAAAUCACAGAGAGUUCGAAGGAGCAGAAUUUAUGCGAACUGAUGUAUAGAGCGAAAGGAAACAAGCUGGAUACCUCUGCUCAAUUUACCGAGAUGACCAGGACCCAAAGUUCAAAGGAAACAGAAGAACCAUCGGAACCACAUGGCAGAAAACGUGAAUCACCAGCCCCAGACGACAGUACCCCGUUGUUUACAGGCACAACCUAUGAGACCAGGGAUGAGCUUGAUACCAAUCCUAUCCCAAUGAAGGAGGAUUGGCUGGCAAAGGAAGGCUUUCGAACCUACGAUCCACACAGGCACGAGACAAACGCAAGUGCGGAUUCUCUGGACACUACUAUCAAGGAAUACGUCGGCUUCAAAAAGCAGAACGAAGAGGAUCAUGUUGCAGCCGAAGAGGGCUUGUCCCAAGCACCAGUUGAGAUUCAUAGGCCCAUCCUUGAACCCGCAUUGAAUAGAAUUCAAGCUACGCCGGCUCUCGAACCGGAAAAUGAUGCACAAUUGCUUGAAACCUCACUGGAUCGUCAUCUGAAGCAGGACGGUGCCGUCAAGAGCUCGACUACGGACAAGACUUUCAGAGAGUCCAUCCCAAGCACACAGGAAGACAUGGACCUCUUGCGAGCCAGCGAUGUGCGUGCUGCGACUCGGGCAACCCGAUACACAAAACAAGAAGCCGAGAACAGGAAAAAUGCGGCAAGACAAAGUAUGGAAGGCGCUUGGCGAGCACUCCAGGAUGGCUCUAAAAACGAAGAAAAUCACAAGUCUUCACCACCCCCCAAGAAUGCAGGGGCACCAGCAAGCAAGAGUCUCGAUGAUUUUCAGGGCCAAUUGCGUGAGCAUCUCAAUGGCAUUAUGUCAAAGACAAAGCAAUCCCUGGCAGCAUCAUCAAACAGCACUUAUGCAAGCUAUGUCCGAGAUAUUGGAGGAAAGAAAUGGGCAGAUUUGACCACAAAGCUCGUUUUCGAAGAUCAGUCUCUGAGCAAGGCGCCGUCGAUUUUUACAGGCAAGCCACCAAAACCGUCCAAGUCUUCUACACCAAAUCCUGAAGUCGAGCAGGCCUUAGAAGAGAGCAAAGAACGUACGUCAUCUUUGAGAGAAGCUACCGCUAGGACCAGGAGCGAGCGGGAGAAGACUGAAGCUCAACUCUCACAGCUAUCCAACGACGUCCGGGCAGUCUACGAGAACGAAUACGGGCCGAUCAACAUUGCCCACCGACAACCUUGCCCAUCAGGAGUUACAGGGCAAGCCUUUGCACCAGAGACAUCAGAUUCUGCUUGCGCAAGGACUGUACCACCUCUUCUCAACGCCACUGUGAAACCGGGAGUGGUGACGGAUCCUGUCAUUGAUGCCCAUGUCAGCACUUUCGAGCCAAAGUUCGCAGAGCUUGUCGAUGGGGCCAAGACAAUACGUAGAGAGCUCCACGAGGCUAAGAUGGCAAUUCGUGCGAUCGAAUCGGGAAGGCCAUCGAAUGUAUGGGCUGUGCCUUCUCUGGCAGACUCGAAUUUUGGCCAGAAAAGAAUAACCUUCAAUACACAACUUGCUGGCGGCUCCGAACCAGAAUCCUUUGUCGCUGUUGAAGAAGCGAUGGCAAAGCCAGUCGGCGGAGUGGGUGGUGUUGAUCCUGGUAGAGAGCAAAGCAAGGAUGAAACAGUACCGGAUCCUGUAUUCUCAGAAUCGGGCUCGCCGGAGUGGAACGAUGAACAGAUCCCACCCAUUGAAUCUCUGAGGACGAAAGGAAGCGAUGCUCCGUACCUCAAUCUGGUGUAUGAUGACUCGACAGGAAAGGUUACGCUCUCGCCAAUGAACGAACCGACGCAUUUGUCGACUAAAAGAGCCGAUUUAAUCGAGGUCCUCGGGCGACUGAAACAUGCACCGGAGUUCUUGAAGCAUUUUACGCCAUUGAGGAAGGCCGGGUAUUCGCUUGUCGAUGGCGGCGAGGAUAUGCUCGUCUUCACAAAGAGGUUGUCAGAGCACCUGACGCCGAGACCAUCGAGUGACACGGACGCUGGUCCCAACAAGGCCGAACCCACGAAAGCAAACCAGCAAGCCGCGACAGUCCUCGACGAGAUGCCGACAGAGAUUGACGCCCCAGGCCCAGCAGCGCCCACCGCACCGCCCUUCAAUCCGGCAGCUGUGAAUUCUCAGGUCAAGGUCAAGCGUCAAGAAGACGUCUUCUCCGGCACCCUUCGUCCGAGCGAGGCAGCAUACGAGGAGGACAGCUUUGGCCGUCGCUUCACUCGCCGCCUCCGAAUCAUUCUCCUGACGAUAGCAACCCUGGGUGCUGGGGCUUACAUGAUUGGCUUUGUGGCCGAGGCCCUUGGGGCACAGGCGCAACGACAGAAUGGCGCUGAAGACAGUCGGGUUUCGGGGCCCAGAAAGAGGAUUGUCAUGACGGGUCAGCGACCGGGGAUUUUCAGUACCGAGAGCUCGAGAUGA